CCGCGCUCCGUCCAGCGAACACUGUUUUCCUGAACAAAUUUUGCCAUCCCAUCGAACAAUCAACAAAUUAACAUCAACAACAACGGAUUAUCAAACCCGAGGAAUUUACGUUUUAUCUAUAAAUCGAAAGAAUGAAUAUCUUUUUAGUGCUGAUUUUAACAGUGAUAGGAUGGCUGGUCAUAUGGUAUCGUUCCAGACGUCGAAUGGUAAAGUUGAUAGAAAAGAUUCCGGGACCCUUGGCUCUGCCGCUUCUUGGUAACGUGAUCGAAUUGAACGUCGACCAUGAUGAAUUAUUCCAACGUCUGAUGGGUAUGCGACUGUUCUGGGGUCCCAAUGACGGAAUCAACAAAGCGUGGCUAGGCACAACACCCUACGUCUUCCUGAGCAAGGCGUCAUCCGUGGAACCGAUUCUCGGAAGUAGUCGUCACUUGGGCAAGAGUCGGGACUACAGAUUUCUCCACCCUUGGCUAGGCACGGGAUUGCUGACAAGUUCCGGAAAGAAAUGGCACUCUCGACGUAAGAUCCUCACACCUACGUUUCACUUUAAAAUAUUGGAAGACUUCGUCGACAUUUUUUCGGAACAGACGGAGAUACUGUUGGAGAAAAUGGCGAAAGAAGUGGGCAGAGACUCGUUCAACAUAUUUCCCUACAUUACGCACUGCGCUUUGGACAUUAUCUGUGAGACUGCCAUGGGACGUCGCAUUUACGCCCAGGAUGACAGAGAAAGCGUUUACGUCAAGGCAGUUUAUGAAAUGGGAGGGAUUGUCCAGACUCGUCAAGCUACGCUGUGGUAUCAUCCCGACUGCUUGUUUCGUCUGACGUCCUGCUACAAGAAGCAUGAAAAUUGCGUUAAAAUAUUGCACGAGUUCUCCAUGAAGGUGAUUAGUGAAAGAAGACAGGUGAUCGAGGACCGACUAGCGGAGAUCGAGUACAAAGAAGAACAGUAUGGAACCAAGAAGCUAGCCUUCCUCGACUUACUGAUCGAAGCAUCUCGAGGCGGAACUCUUCUCUCGGACGAAGACAUUCGGGAGGAAGUUGACACAUUCAUGUUCGAGGGCCACGACACAACCUCGUCCGCAAUGAGUUGGACGCUGUUUCUGCUCGGCUGUCACUCUGAAAUACAGGAAAAAGUCGUCGCGGAAUUGGAGGAAAUAUUUAGCCAAGGUGAUUCUGAUCGAAGACCAACUAUGCGGGACCUGAACAGUAUGAAGUAUCUGGAAAGAUGCAUCAAGGAAGCUCUGCGAUUGUAUCCAAGCGUACCUUUACUUGCCCGACAAGUCUCAGAGGAUACUCAAAUCGGGAAGUACGUCGUCCCGAGGGGAACCACAGCAAUAAUCGUUGUUCCAAUGCUACAUAGAGACUCCAACGUCUUUCCGAAUCCUGAAUGCUUCGACCCGGAUCGAUUUCUAGCAGAGAACAUGAUCGGCAGGCAUCCGUACGCUUAUAUACCUUUCAGUGCCGGGCCGAGGAAUUGCAUAGGACAAAAAUACGCGAUUUUGGAAGAAAAAGCUGUGCUAUCAGGUGUGCUACGAAAAUACAAAAUCGAAGCCACAUGUCGCAGAGAGGAUAUCAUUGUUAGCGGAGAACUAGUAACCAGAGCAAAAGACGGUUUGGAAGUAAAAAUAACACCACGAACAAAAGUCUAACACACAUC